CUCGGACAUUCGACGGUGAAGAACGUCGCACCAGAAAAUUACCUGUGCUGGGUGUUGACAAGUGCAAGCUAUUGCCUCUCUAGUGUUAGAUUUCAGUAACCGUUGGGACCGUUGUGAAGGACCAUGCAGGAUCCGUUCGCGAACGUGACCGCCGGAGUUCCGGUGAACCUGGGCUCCAACCAAAGUUCCUUCCUCGAAGCCAAAUGGAACGCCUUUCUCGAUAUUGUUGGUGACGAGCCGGAUACCAUCUACAUCUGGUGCCUCACGAUAUGGACGUACGGCCUCUUCUGGAUCAUCGGAGGACUGUUCGUGUUUAUGGACGUCACCGGAAAGCCCAAAUUUAUGCGCAAAUACAAGAACCAGCCGGGAACGAACGAACCGCUGGAGAUUUCCAAGCUGAAGCACCUGGUCAAAACGGUGCUCACCAACCAGGUGGUGUACGGGCUGCCAACCUCGUACCUGACCUACAUGAGCCGCAAGCUGAUGGUGACCGCUUUGCCCGAGCUGCGUGUCCUGCCCUCGAUUGACAUCAUUCUGCGGGACAUGGUCGUCUGUAUUAUUGCCUGGGAGAUCACCUUCUACUACAGCCACCGAUUGCUGCACGCCGGCUUCUUGUACAAGCACAUCCACAAGAAGCACCACGAGUGGUCUUCCCCGGUGGCCUGGGCCGCCAUGUACGCCCAUCCCUUCGAGUUCGUCAUUAGCGAUCUGCUGCCGGUGUACGUGGGGCCAGCGCUCUGUACCAGCCAUCCGGUAACGAUCGCCAUCUGGUUGCUGUUUGUCAUGAUGGACACGGUCGUCGACCACUCCGGUUACCAUCUGCCGGUGCUCGGUAGCUCCGAACAGCACGACUAUCAUCACCUCAAGUUCAACCAGUGCUACGGACUGUUCGGCUGGUGGGACACUCUCCACGGAACGAACGACGAGUUCCGGAAGAAGAAGCAGUACAAACGCAACAAGAGGAUAUUCUCGCUUAAAUCAGCCCGCGAGCUGGUUCCAGAUGACGAGUAUGUGAAAAUGCGCGACGACGCGAAUUUGAACUUGACAAGCUUUGGCGGUGGUGGCGGCGGCGGCACGUGGCAAGAUUAUGGCAACCACUCGGUGGUCAGUGUGUGGUGGAACUCUCUGCUGGAUGUCAUCGGUGACGAUAACAGCUUCCUGUACGUCUGGGGACUGUACAUUUGGACACAUGCCGUUUUCUGGAUCGUGGGGGGACUGUUUGUGCUAAUGGACUACACCAACAAGCCCGGCUUUAUGCGCAAAUACAAAAACCAACCGGGCAAGAAUGAACCCCUCGAGUGGUCCAAGCUGAAGCACGUAGUCAAGACCGUCGUGUACAACCAGCUGGUGUACGGGCUACCGACGGCGUACUUUUCCUACAACGGCUGGAAGUGGCUUUUCGGCGAAUUUCCGAACCCCCGGGACCUUCCCUCGGUCGACGUCGUCCUGCGGGACAUGGUAAUCUGUAUCUUUGCGUGGGAAUUUGCGUUCUACUACAGCCAUCGGACGCUGCACGCGGGCUUCCUGUACAAACACAUCCACAAGAAGCACCAUGAGUGGACGGCCCCGAUCGCCGUUGCGGCCAUGUACGCCCAUCCGGUUGAGUUCGUGAUCAGCGAUCUGUGGCCGGUUUAUCUGGGACCAGCGAUGCUCAAGUGUCACGUGUUCACCACCGCACUCUGGUUUGCCUUCGUCAUGAUGGACACCCUGGUGGACCACUCCGGGUAUCAUCUUCCGGUUUUGGGAAGCUCCGAGAUGCACGACUAUCACCAUCAAAUGUUCAACCAGUGUUUUGGACUAUUUGGAUGGCUCGAUAAUUUGCACGGCACGAACAGCGAGUUCCGCAAGAAGAAGAACUUCCUUCGACAUAAACGGAUAUUCUCACUGCAAUCGGCCCGGGAGCUUGUUCCAGACAAAUGAGAAAUAAAAGCAUUGUCACUUUAAAAACUUCACACUCA